GCCAAAACAGAGAACACUUGCAACCACCACAAACACACCAAAACCAAAAUCUAAAGGCUCCUCUACACUCGCAAUUGCAAAUGUUUUCUGUCGCUCCCCCGAACCCUAGUUGUAUCUCCACAUUUAUCAAUCGAACCCCCCACCGAAGGAACAAUCUCCUCAAAGUUCGAUCAUCUUCUGCGAGCGUGCAAGAGAUCGAGAAGCCAGUGGAAAAGUCGAGGGGAUUGAGUUCUAUGCCGGAUGCGCCGCCGGGGUUUCCGGGGAUAAGGGCGGCUAAGAGGGUGGUGCUCGUGAGGCACGGGCAGAGCACCUGGAACGAGGAAGGUCGGAUCCAGGGGAGCUCCGAUUUCUCCUUCCUCACCCAGAAGGGCGAGUCUCAGGCCGAGACUUCCCGCCAAAUGCUCAUCGAUGACUCCUUCGAUGUCUGCUUCUCUAGUCCACUGAUUAGGUCAAAGAGAACUGCUGAAAUCAUUUGGGGUGCUCGCAAGGAGGAUAUUGUUACUGAAUAUGACCUGAGGGAAAUUGACCUGUACUCCUUUCAGGGUCUCCUAAAACACGAGGGAAAAGCAAAGUUUGGUGCAGCUUACCGUCAGUGGCAAAUAGAUGCUGCAAAUUUCAAUAUUGAUGGUCAUUAUCCAGUGAGGGAGUUAUGGGCUCGGGCUAGAAGCUGUUGGAGCAAAAUCUUAACUCAUGAAAGCAGGUCUGUUCUUGUGGUUGCUCACAAUGCUGUUAAUCAGGCUCUCGUUGCUACUGCAAUUGGGCUUGGCACAGAGUAUUUUAGGAUUUUAUUGCAGAGCAACUGUGGUGUGAGUGUGCUGGAUUUCACCCCACGACUAGAGGGUGGGUCUCCACAUAUCUGUCUCAAUCGAUUAAAUCAGACCCCAAAUUCACCUGUUGCUGCUGGAAGUGCUGGUGGCAGAAAAACAAGUAAGCGGAUCAUUCUGGUCUGUCAUGGAUCCUCACAGGGUGAUUCAGAGCAGGCUAGCAUUCCCUGCACUGGUGACAGGCCAAUGAAUAUGCUUGGGGUUAUACAGUCUCAGAAAACUGCAGAGCUACUUCUUGAUUUGAGGGUGAGCACCAUAGUCAGCAGUUCUAAAAUGGCCUCAAUUGAGACAGCAAAUGCUAUCUCCAGAGUUCAAGAAGCUGCUGAUUGCUUGGGUGCUGACUGUGUGCCUCGCUAUGUGGAAAUAAAGCAGAUGCAAGACCUUGAUGUGGAAAAUAUUCUGCAGCAAUCAAAGAAGGAUGCAGCUGUGGUUCCAUACCCCCAGUCUAGCUGGUUAAAUGGAUAUGAAGAUGGAGCAGUGACAACAUUGUGGGAUCAGUCAGGAAAAGCCUGGAAAACUUUGCUGGAGGGACUUUCUAACAAAUCUGAAGAAGAAAGUGUAGUAGUUGCAGUUGGCCAUCCUGUAGUCCACAUCGCAUUGAUGGGGCACUGUCUAAAUCUCACUGAAGACUGGCUGGGAUUGUUUCAUCUCGACGCAGGUAGCAUUAGCGUUAUCGACUUCCCUGACGGACCUGCGGGAAAAGGGAUUAUCAGGUGCAUAAAUUACACUGCUCAUCUGGGGAGGUGGUCAAUACCCAUUACAAGGUCCACACUUGAUGAUGAAGAAUUCUAACUUCUAAUUUUAGGUGUGUGUAUAUAAACAUACAUAUUCUAAAAUUGACUGGUGAUGAGAUGAUUUAAAUGCCCCCUGUAAAGGCUUAUUCUUCAUCAUCUUCUCUUUGAAUCUUGGAAUUAAUUUUUAAGCUUUAGGGCAACAA